GUCCCUUUUUUCCAUCAGAAGCCAGAAGGAAAAGUGCUCCUUAAAAAAUCAGAAGGACUUUGACUAGGGAGACGCUCUGCCAAGGGGAUUCUGUGCAAAACAAACACCGCGGAAACAGCUAGAUUGGGGAGAUUUGACGCGCCUGUUUGCUUUUCAUUUUUUCUACUCCGGUGCGCAUACUGGAAAUUCCUGUGAAGUGCCAAAGAAACAAUGCGUGUGCGGAGAAUGACAGACAGAGAGACGGACAGAAAGAACCAGGACAGCUGCAUUUAAGAGGCAUUCAUCCGGUUCCCCUCCUCACGCCGCUUGGAAUGCUCGUGCGACCGCAUCGUUGCCUCUGUCUUCGUCCCCACGAGCCGUUGUUUCCACGAUCCUGAGCGCCGAGCCGAGGAAAAACACAUGCACAGGGAGCACGCACGCGCCAAUCCUCUACGUUCACACUUUCACACACAGACAUGGCUUUUGUCUUAACACGCCGACCAUGACGCAUUGCUGUCAGGGCGCCGCACAACGCCGCGGCUCCAUGUCCACAUAGAGAGUCGAGGAGGGAAGGAAAGGCGGAGGGAAAGUAAGAGAUCCAAUUAAUUGUUACAGGAAGAUGGCGCCCACAAAGCCCAGCAUCCAGCAGGACCCAACGCGGAAAGAACGUGACCCCUACUGGGAGCGGCCGUCUAAUGCAGGCAGCUGCUCGAAUACCCGGCCCAAGACCCUUCACCUGGCUGGCCAACAGCAUACCUCCUCACCAUGGCUACAGGCUCUCCGGAAAGAAAAGUCAAGGGAUGCUGCACGGUCACGGCGGGGGAAAGAGAACUUUGAGUUCUAUGAAUUAGCCAAGAUGCUGCCGCUGCCUGGUGCCAUCACCAGCCAACUGGACAAGGCUUCCAUCAUCCGGCUCACAAUCAGCUACCUGAAGAUGAGGGACUUUGCCAACCAGGGGGACCCGCCAUGGAACCUGCGAAUUGAGGGACCCCCACCCAACACCUCAGUGAAAGCUAUCGGUAGUCAGCGGAGGAGGAGUCCCAGUGCCAUUGCCUCUGAGAUCUUCGAACCUCACCUGGGUAGCCACAUUUUACAGUCACUGGACGGUUUUGUAUUUGCACUAAACAAGGAAGGACGUUUCCUCUACAUCUCCGAGACUGUUUCCAUUUACCUGGGAUUGUCACAGGUGGAGCUGACAGGAAGCAGUGUAUUUGACUAUGUACACCCUGGUGAUCAUGUGGAGACGGCAGAGCAGCUUGGCAUGAAACUUCCACCAGGGAGAGGGAUGUCUCUGUCCCAGGGAGGUGUCAGUGAAGACGGGGCAUCCUCUGGUUCAUCGUCAUCACACUCCGAGACGCCUGAACCAGUGGAGUCCAGCAGUCCCAGUCUUCUGUCUCCUGAUAACUCUCUGGAACGAUCCUUCUUCAUCCGUAUGAAGUCUACUCUUACAAAGAGAGGUGUGCACAUCAAGUCCUCAGGAUAUAAGGUGAUCCACAUCACAGGGCGUCUGCGGAUCAGGAUGGCUCUGACGCACACCCGCUCAGUGCCUAAUCAGAUCAUGGGAAUGGUGGUGGUAGCUCACGCCCUCCCACCACCCACAAUUAAUGAGGUUCGCAUUGACUGCCAAAUGUUUGUCACCAGAGUCAACAUGGACCUCAAAAUUGUCUACUGUGAGAACAGAAUCAGUGAUUAUAUGGACCUGACUCCAGUGGACAUUGUAGGGAGAAGGUGCUACCAAUUCAUUCAUGCAGAAGACGUAGAGGGGAUCAGACAGAGUCACCUAGACUUGAUGAAUAAAGGUCAGUGUGUGACAAAGUAUUAUCGGUGGAUCCAGAAGAACGGUGGUUACAUCUGGAUACAGUCCAGUGCCACCAUUGCUAUUAAUGCCAAGAAUUCCAGUGAGAAGAACAUCAUUUGGGUCAACUAUGUCCUCAGUAAUCUUGAGUAUAAAGACACACCCAUUGACAUUUCCCAGUUGCCAAAUCUUCCAGAGAAAGCAUCUGAGUCCUCUGAAACCUCCGACUCUGAGUCUGAGUCCAAAGAAAACUCAGACAAUGAAAAUGUAAAGUCCGAGGGAAAGUCAGGCCACCAAGCAGAACACAGGGAAGAUCCAGAAGCAGACAGCAAGCAUCAGCAGCAACCUGGCCAAUCACAUUGCUCAUCCGAGGAAAUAAAGAACCACGAUGGAGACAGUUCAAGUAACCCUGAAAGUCAGGACAGCGAUGAGAGUCUUGAGCCUUCAGAUGGAGAACAGGAGCCGGAGCAGGAAGUGGCCCGAGGAGAGGGAGGAGGACUUGAAAGCAGGUUGGGGAGAUUAGCUGGACUGGGAGCAUUGGAAGGACUUAAUACCAUCAGUGGACUGGGUAAUUUGGGAGGGCUUCAUAUUAAGGUAGAGCACUAUGGAGAAGGAGAGGAUGAACUCCACAGCUCACAAAUGUCCUCAUCAGAGGAAGAUGAGGAUGUUAAUGAAGUAGAAGAUGGAGGAAUACAAAAAUGUGAUGAUGCUGGUAUUAGUAGCAAGCUUCAGAAAAGGCGGAAAAGGAGAAAAGUGCAAAAAUGGGAUGGAUCACGAAGCAGAAGGCUUCGUCUGUCCCCAACUCCACACAGCCCCGUAGCAAUAGGCAAUUCUACACCACAGGCCAAUCCCUCAGGGACCACCUCUGUCACUUCCACACAGCUUCUAACUUCCUCUGACUCCCCAAACAGCACAGGGGCUACAUCCUCUGUCCUGAAAAUAAAAACAGAAAUGGUAGAGCCAAUAAACUUUGACAAUGACAGCAGCAUCUGGAACUACCCCCCGAACAGAGAGAUUUCCAGAAAUGAGUCUCCAUAUAGUAUGACCUCGAAGCCUCCUGCUCCAGGGAAUCACGAGACUUUCCCAUCACCACAGGGCGGUUCUCUACAGGUAGCCAUUCCUGACUCAGUCCUCACUCCUCCUGGGCCUGAUGGGGCAGCAGGAGGAUUAAGAAAGCCUCCUUACAAUGGAAAUCCUGCCUCAUCAUCUUCUUCCAGUGCUACAAGUUUAGCUCCUCCGUCCAACCCUUCCUCUGUUGGCCCCCUUUCACCUCCCCUUUCUGCAUCCCCUCGGGAGAAACAACAAGGCACUCCUACAACCUCUUCAAAUUCUUCCUCAUCAUCCUCUUCAUCUUCAAGCUCCUCUUCUUCACUGCUGUAUUCUGGUGAUCUUGAAGCACUUCAGCGUUUACAGGCCGGUAAUGUGGUCCUUCCGCUGGUUCACCGGGUCACAGGAACACUGUCUUCUACCAGCACCACAGCUCCACGUGUCUACACGACUGGGACCAUAAGGUAUGCGCCAGCAGAUGUCACUCUAGCCAUGGCACAGGGGAACCUCCUUCCCAAUGCUGCCAUGAACUUUGUCGAGAGCUCAGGGUUUGGUCUGGACCCUAAGACGCCUAUGGAGAUGCUCUAUCAUCAUGUCCACAGGCUAAACAUGUCUGCUGCAGCAGCUGCAGGCCCAUUUGUUGGAUCCCCAGCACCCACAGUUGGUAAUGGCACCUUGGGAGGCCAGAUGUCAGCUACAGCCAAUGUUUUUACCACAGCAGAGGGACUUUUCUCGACACUACCAUUCCCAGUAUACAGUAACGGGAUCCAGACUACACAGACAACUCUGCAAAGAAAGGAGGACUAAUAAAAUACAUCCAAGACCGCAUUACUGUGUUUUAGGAAUCAACAACUGUAUCUAACUCAAAGACUACACUGUAGUAAAAAUAGUAAGAGAGAAUUUAUCAGGAUGGAACAGCACUGUGUUUCCAAGAAGAAACAAAGGACAGGGAAUGACAAACAUACUCUAGCACUUUGAGCAACUGAGCUUGUGGAAGACAUGGAUGACCAUCAAACACACAACCCUUUUCUAUCGGUUUUCUCUAUCAUCAGUCUCUCUUUGCUUCCAUUUAAUGUGGUCUGCAACUUUUUUCUCUUAAAACAGAUGAACAAAAAAGCAACAAUCUUUACUAUAAAGAAUUCCUUUUUGCCUACAGAGAAUUCAUGUUGCCUAAGGAUUCCACUGGAGCCUGAAGGGAUCAUUUUAUUACAUCACUUGUCUGGGUUGCAACUUUAUGCUGUGUUGAUUGUGUAUACUAUCAGGAGGUUGGUUACAGGUAUUUGUGACACAGAAAAUGCAUUGUGCCUCUCUUCCUUGUGUUUCUUGAUGUGAUCAAGACAAAAGAAAUAGUUUUUAACCUGAGAGGAGAGAGCAGCUGUUUCAGAGAUAAUCUUUUGACAAAAGGUUUUUGCGAAUGUUUCCUGGUUGAGAGGACAGUAAUUAAUGCUUUUUCCUCCUCUAUUUCUUCCUUUUUAUGAAAUAUUCUAGCUCAGAUGUAACUUUGGAAUCAAACAUACAGAAAAAAAGCAAUUUUACCCGGGCAAUGACCUGUGAACUAUCGAAUGUUACUACAAGUUUCCUCGUUUAUCUGAGGAGUUUACCUACAGGUCUCACACCCAACAUAACCUCCACUACAUCUAAUCUCAUCUCAGUCUGUCAAGAUUUCUUCCUUUUACUUGGCUUAUCAGACCUUAACUUUCUGUCCACAUUUUUAUCUGGUUAUUCUACAGAUUUGUGGUGCUAGCAAAUGUCCAGUUACCCAGAUUCAGCUGGCUGAUGUGGGUACUGUAAAUUGACCCCCCAGCUUGUUGUUAGACUUAUUAUCACUCCUUUUAUUGAGGAGGGAGCAUUUUAAAGUAUUACUAACCUUCAGGAAUAUCAAAAUACAGCAGCUUCCUCACCAUGUCCCCUUCUGAUCGAGCAGGACACAAGGGGCAGCUGCAUAUGAUAAUGUGGAGUUGGUCACUGGAUGUUUAAGCUGUAUUCUGUUCUUUUUAUUUUGUGCAUUUGAUAAGUGAAUCACUUUUAAUUCCCAUUGAGACUGAGGCUAAAUACCUAACAUUUCUUACCUAAAAAAUGAAUGUUGACAACCUUGACAGGAUCUUGUUUUCCUGUUUCUUGGUUUGUUUUCUCCUUCUCCUAAACCAGAAUCACCUCCACAACAUUUUUCUCAGCAAUCCACUCUCUUCCAUCUCAUCACCAGAACCUGUGAUUAAAAACAACAUAUCAACAAGGAGAUUGUAAUAAAGACAUGCAUUUUCAAUCAAUCUGUCAAACAAUCAAUGUACAAGGGGAGUAAAGUGGGAUUUUGUUUUGUCUAGAUGAACAAAAAAAAGAGAAAAUCUCUCUUCUUAAAAAAAGUUAAACUUUGUUUUUGCUCUGGUUGUGUCCUUCUUCUAGCCUCCUUUGCCAAAAAAAAGAAAUGCGAAGUUCACACUUUUGGUGUUUUAAAAGCACUGUGAUUAUUGCUCAUUUGUAAUUUUCCUCUACUUUUUUGGUAAAAAGAGAAAAAAAAAACAUACUAAGUAAUAAAUCAAACUGUAAUAAGCUAUCACAAUGUCAAUCUUUUGAAAGUUGACAGUCCUGUCUUUACCAUCCCAUCAUCUUAUUAUCCACUGUGAUUAAGUCGUAAAAACGUGUUACCAAUGUGUUUAGUGUCACUGGCUGUCAAAACAUCUUUCAUGGCAACUUCUCUGCGUGUGUGUUGACUAUAUGCAGUAUAUACUGAGCUACCGUAGCUGUUUUUGUCCUUUGUCUUCUCUGUGCUCUAUCUCUAGUGUGGGGAAGGAGAGGAAGCGGUUUCAGAGGGAAAAAACUGUCUGUUGGAUGGAUUCUAUCCCAAAAACUGACAACUCUGAGUCUCUGCCUCCUCCUCCUUCUCUUCCGUUUCCCUCUAUCUGCAGUCUUAGUGAAACCAGUGGAGGUUGUGGAAUUUCGUGUUUGGUGGCCUUUGCAAAAAAGAAAAAAAAUGGCAGUGUCCACCAUUUAAUUUUUGCUGCUUCCUUUUUGUCUUUGUAAAAUUGCAUUUUUAUUAUUUAAUCUUUCUCUCUUUCACUCGACUGUUGCUUUUUGCUGUUGUGUAGUCUUAUUCAAACCUCUUUAUCUUGUUGUCUUUUCUCUCAGAGAUGAAAAGAAUAUUUAACUAGCUCAAAGGUUUAUGGAGCCAUGUAUUUGCCUCCAAGGAAUUCUGGGACAGGUCUCAUGCUCUUGCAUACAAAAAAUGUAACAAAUAUUUAUACUAUUUAAAUUGUCUAGAAAAAAAUAUAAUUUACAUAAUUUAAUAUAAAGUAUGUCAAGGAAAAAUCUGACGGAUUUUAAAUGUACUCCUCGGUGAAGAUUAAAAACUAUAAAAGCCUUGACUGUGAAACAUUUUCCCAGACUUCCUGGAGGUGUAUUCUGUGCAUUGGGUGUAUUUCAAUGGUUCGCACCGAAACCUCUUGAACUCCCAUUAAAAUUUCUCUUUGGAGAUCGAACCAACUUACACAAGAGUUUCGAGGGAUGCGGAGAAAUUCACAAUUGUCUUUCAAGAGACAAUAAAAAAACAAUUUUAACAAUUUCUAUAAAUAUUAGAAGCAGGAAAUCUUUUCUCACUAUAAAUCUAUUUUUAUAGGUGUUUUGGAACACUGAACUGCAUGUCUGGUAGUUUUGUCCAAGGCGUUUACUGUGAACGUUCCAGUUUUGCUUUUUCUUAUUUUUUAGUCCAAUGGUUGUAAUUUCCUUGUUUGUCUUUUAAUUUUUUUUUAAAGUCUGUAAAGUUCAUUAUGGGGCUAAAAUGGAGGCCUUUUGAAAGAUGAUGGUUUGCUGGAGUAUAGCAGACCCCCGUCAUAUCUGGAAAAAUAAUCUGUAGUGUCUUGUGUUUGUUAUGGAGAAUCAUUGUCUUGAUAUUAACACUACAAGAGUCUUAAAACAGCAAAUAAAGCAAAAAUAAAGAAAUUACACAUACACAACAGUACUUUCAUUUAAAUCAGCCAGGAUUUUUUGAUUUGGUACAUUGUUUAUGGCUGAAUGUUAAGAUUUGUCAUUUCAGGAGCAUUUUGUUUACAUGCUCCUCUGGGUUUAACAUUUUCUACUUAUGAUGGAUUUAAAGGCAAGGGAAUGUUACAAGCAUACUGAAAAUAUGUUAUUGUUAGUAAGUGGUCAAUGGAAGACAUAUCACAAAUAAAACCAGGAAAUACACCCAAAUGUAACCACAACCAAACAGCUGGUUCAAGCUGUUUUACUGUUUUGUGUUUUUUGUCGAAAAAUGAAAACUUUGCUGGUGAUUUUAAACCCUAAAAAACCUUAAUCACAGCUGCUGUCAAAUACAUAGUGUUUAAAACUUUCAAAUAUUGAAAAAUCAUCUCAUUUACAUGUAAAGAAACUGUCUGUGUUUUUAAAUAUUUCUUGUACAAUUAAACAGAUUCUUUUAUGAGGAACCUCGUGCCAAGUAACUAAAAUACGGUAAAGCGGGAGUCUCUUAUUAUCAGUGUUAACAGUGUUAUAAAAUUCUAAAUACAAACAAAUUAAAAUAUUAAAAAACAGAAAACUAUGGUAUUAUGGUUUCUAUAUUUGUGUAUAUUUUUGUUUCCCUUGUAAAGGGGCCAACAACUCAUGACAAACUGAUGCUAACUGUGAGUGCCUGGCUAAUUUUUAUCUUAUUUUGAAACUACAUUUUCAUUUAUCAUAAAUAACGCUGCAAAUCAAAAAUGUACAUGUUUCAUUUUUUAUAGCUAUGUUCUUUUUUUAAGUUGACUCGAUUCUCAUCUGUUCAGAAGAACAUGUCACUUACAUGGUUGUCUUUCUGUAACCCAGUUUUGACCAUCUUGCAGUUGCCAUAUUCAUAAUAAAAGGUUCUAUUAAAUUGGUUA